CUUUCUGCUCCUCCCUUGCAUAAACUUUCCCGUCCCUGCGCCUGGCUCCGUGCGCGGACCCGGGAGCCCGCCGCGCUCCCCGCAUUCCUGCCGCCCUUCCCGGCCCGGCCCCGGUCCGGUCCCGGUCCCGGUCCCGGUCCCGGUCCCGGCACCCACGGCCGGCCCAGCCCCUCCGGAGCACGGAGCAGGUUGUCGCGUGUCCGUGGGGGCUCGGGGUCGGAGCCCAGAGCAGCCAGCACCAUAGCGUCCAACAGCUGGAACGCCAGCGGCAGCCCCGGGGAGGGGCGGGAAGAUGGCCAGGACGGCAUGGACAAGAGUCUGGACAAUGAUGCCGAGGGUGUGUGGAGUCCGGACAUUGAACAGAGCUUCCAGGAGGCGCUGGCGAUCUACCCCCCCUGCGGCCGGCGGAAAAUCAUCCUCUCGGAUGAGGGCAAGAUGUACGGUCGUAAUGAACUGAUAGCCCGGUACAUCAAGCUGCGGACAGGGAAGACACGGACGAGGAAGCAGGUGUCCAGCCACAUACAGGUUCUAGCUCGGAAGAAGGUGCGGGAGUACCAGGUUGGCAUCAAGGUCUCUAGCCACUUGCAGGUUCUUGCCCGACGGAAAUCUCGUGAGAUUCAGUCCAAGCUGAAGGCCAUGAACUUGGACCAGGUCUCGAAGGAUAAGGCUCUGCAGAGCAUGGCUUCCAUGUCCUCCGCGCAGAUCGUGUCGGCCAGCGUCCUGCAGAACAAGCUCAGCCCCCCGCCUCCUCUUCCUCAGGCCGUCUUCUCUGCUGCCCCCAGGUUUUGGAGUGGGCCUAUCCCAGGACAGCCUGGACCCUCUCAGGACAUUAAACCAUUUGCACAACCAGCUUACCCCAUCCAGCCACCCAUGCCUCCAUCACUAGCCAGUUAUGAGCCCUUGGCUCCGCUCCCACCAGCCGCCUCGGCCGUGCCCGUCUGGCAGGACCGCACCAUUGCCUCCGCCAAGCUCCGGCUCCUUGAAUACUCCGCCUUCAUGGAGGUGCCACGGGAUGCCGAAACGUACAGCAAACACCUCUUUGUGCACAUCGGUCAGACAAACCCCUCAUACAGCGAUCCGCUGCUGGAGGCCGUGGACAUCCGCCAGAUCUAUGACAAGUUCCCUGAGAAGAAAGGUGGCCUCAAGGAGCUCUAUGAGCGUGGGCCACAGAACUCCUUCUUCCUCGUCAAAUUUUGGGCGGAUCUGAACAGCACAAUCCAGGACGGGCCGGGGACUUUCUACGGUGUCAGCAGCCAGUACAGCAGUGCAGAGAACAUGACCAUCACAGUCUCCACCAAGGUGUGCUCCUUUGGGAAGCAGGUCGUGGAGAAGGUGGAGACAGAGUACGCACGGCUGGAGAAUGGCCGGUUUGUCUACCGCAUCCACCGGUCUCCCAUGUGUGAGUACAUGAUCAACUUCAUCCACAAACUCAAGCACCUCCCAGAGAAGUACAUGAUGAACAGCGUCCUGGAGAAUUUCACCAUCCUGCAGGUUGUUACGAAUAGGGAUACCCAGGAAACCUUGCUCUGCAUAGCCUUCGUUUUCGAGGUCUCCACCAGUGAGCAUGGCGCCCAGCACCACGUGUACAAGUUGGUCAAGGACUAGGGGCCCUCGGGGACGGGCAGGGGCACAAGGGGUGCACAGGGGAGGGAGGGGGCCAUGUAGAAAAUCCACCUGUGCCUGUUGCCUCCUGAGAAGUCAUUUGAAGAGAGGAGGAGGAGGAAGAAAAACAAUAGCCAAAAAAGACUGACUUGUGAUCGCAGAUGUUUUCUACUUAGGAACAGUUUCUUUUUUUUUUUUAAAUAAAUUUAAAAAAAAAAAGAAGAAUGGGAAAGGAAGCAUAGGGAAAAAGGAAACCUGCGUCCGGCGCUGGAUGGGGAGAGACUGGCCUUUGGUGUCACCGAUGAAGGCCAGGAGCCUGCUAUGCCACCACCAGCAGCAGGACGUUGGAGUGGAGGAUGACCCCUCCUUUUGCCUUCCCCCUUGCUUGGAUGAAGUCCCUGUCCUGAGGGGAGAGAAACGAGCAUGGAUGGGCUGGAGGACAUGGCAUCACGCCAGGUCUGGGCCAAAACCGACUGGCAUGGCAGCGGCUGCGGCAUUGGUACUGCCCGGCAGAGCCCGGUGCAGUGGGUGGCGGCGGGGACAUGGGGAUAGACGUGCUGAGGUGGGAACAGGUAGGAGCAUGGCAGGGUGGUGGAGGGGGAUGCUGCUGCGUCCCCAGGGACCAGCACCUGGGAUGCUCCUCUGCCUGGGACACUGGGAGUUGGCAGCACUGAAAGCAGGAAGGCAUCAAUGAUGCAAACCAUUUUUUUUAUGGCUCUUUUUUCCCCUUUUUUAAAUUAAAGUGCUUUUUGAUACUUUUAAAAAAGACACCAUGCUUGUAAUCAGGAUUAUGCCCCGCUGCAGUGUAUGGGACCUGCCCCCCGCCACCCACCCCACGCUGGUGACUGGAGGAGGUGACGCAGAGAGUUGGAGCUGUGCAGCAAAAUUGGCAGGCACGGGGAGCUGGCUUGUGUAGGGAUGUCUCCAUCACUCGGGUUGCUGCAGCCUGGAGGCUGGUUUUUAUGUGGCAGUGGGAUCCCCUGAGCUCUGUGUGCUUUCAGGGAUUGCAUUUGGGGGCGGCUCAGGCUAAACGUACCCCUCUGUAGUCACUUGCUGAAGAGUAAUGAGGAGAGAGCAGUGAGGGUGGAUUUGCCUGAUUUACUUUGCAUGUGUACCUUUUUCAUCCCCCCCCCUUUUUUGUGUGUUAACUAUUCUGGUUUCAGCUGCUCCCCACAGCCGCUCCGGCUGGCUUGCCUGCAUCCCAUGGGAAGCAGCCAGGGAAGCAGUUCAUGCAGGGGGAAGCAUGUUGUGCAAUGCAGGACCAGGCUGCAAGCGGGCAGAGUUUGGGACAGAGGUGACAAAGAGGGGACAGAGGACAGGAGGGACACCAGGACAAAGAACUAGGUCUGCUUGGAGGUAGUUUUGUGGCUGGUCCUGAGGGUGCAGCUCCAAGGGCAGAGCUCGGGGAGAGCAUCCCCAGGGUGCAGGAGGGACGCAGAGAGACAGAGGUUGAGUCUUGUGGCGGUGGCAUGGAGCAAGGUGGCAGGAGGCUGGCAAGGGGACAAGGAGCCUGAGAGGGGCAGGUCUGGGUGGGUUUCUCAUGCCGGUGGGAUAAUGAAGGCAGCAGGAGGUGCAGAACCAGGUGCUGCGGGAGGGCAGGAGUGGUUUGAAGGGUGCUGGAGCCCAGGAUGGGGGGACAGAGGGGUUUAGGCUUGAUGCUGCCGGGUGCGGAGGAGCAGGCUCAACCCCAGGAAAGGACCUUGGCUGCCAUCGCAAUGCCACAUGUCCCACGAGGCACAGGGACUUUGACCUCUCACUGCUGGGAGAAGCCACCCAUCCCCGCGGGACAGGGCAGAGCCACCCCAGCCCUGUGCCCGGGCAAGGACUCGGUGGUGGGGCUGGACGGAGGCAGCUGUGGUGAGCUGGGGCGGCUGGAGCAGGGGAGAAAGAGAGAGGGAGAAAUCCAGGGAAAGGCAUCAGCAUCCCAUCCCAGGGCUGUGCUGAGGCCACCUGGCUGAGUUCUCAUAUGUAGCAUGUUUCUUUGUUGUUUCGUGGUUCUUUGUCUUUCUUUCAUUUCACUCACUGAUCUAAAACUCUGGGAAUGAAAACAAAACUUCCCCGCCAUAAAACACAGGCAUGCCCUGCUCCUGGCCCUGCUGGGGGACGAAGCUCUUUGUUAACUGGACCGGUUUGUGCCUCCAUCCCUCCCUCCAUCCCUGCAUCCCUCCAUCCCACCUGCACCGAGCCCUGGGGCACCCACCUGCACCCCACGCACAAGGUGCCUGAUACCCCCAAUGGCCCUGGCCGGUGUUUAGCAACAAUCCCAGAGACACCUUCUCAACCCCCCCAGCCCCUCCGUUCUCCUCCGGUGUAUUUAUGAAUUUCACAUGAAGUACUGUUUUAUUUUUUUAAAGACUUUGUAAAGCUUACCAGGGUUACAUUCACCAUUUUUAGAGCUGUGUCAGUCCACAAUGUUAAAAAUCCAUUUUUUUAUGUAUUAUAUUUUUUGUGUAUUUUUUUUUAAUCCAGCUGUGAUGGGUUGUAUCAUAUAUUUGUUGUGUUUACUGUAUCUGUCCAACUUCAAAGAGAGGAGACUGUGGAGCUCCGAGAAAACUACGGUCUGCUGAAAAAACACAUUAAAAUUAUUUGUUCAUGGGUUGACUCAAA